UAGCAUAGUAAGAUUAUUGGAAUGCCCAUGAAUACAUGUACGAUGCUUCAUUUGACAGACCAAAUACAAUUUGCCUGGUCAUCAUACCAGACAUGCAAAAGCUGAGAACUAUAUUUGAAAGAAGCUGGGGCGGGUUUCAUCCUUUAAGCUUCCACUUUCCAGAAUAGUAAGCCAAUAGAAACACUGAAUUUUGAAGGCCAGGAAGAAGUGUGAAAGCAUGCAGAGUCAAAUCUUCAGUGAGGUUUCCCUUCCUACGGUCGUUAGCCAUGUUCCAACUCUUGCUUCAUCAGCCAGUUUGAACACUUUGCAGCAUGUUUCAUCAGACACUCUAUUUAUAUUGUGUGGACCUUUGUCUCAGGUUAAAAGUUACUUCAAUCAAAUAAGUUACUAGAAACUUCAGACCUGGCAUGUCUCUGCCAUGCAUAGCUAAGACUUCAAAAUGGGCCUUCCCACAUGAUAGCUAACUUCCUCAGAAAUAACACACAGCCUGCCAUCUAAAAAUCUAAGUCACACAUAAUCUGGCGGUGUUAACGUUCACCCGGGCAUAGUGCAAGCUCAAUCCUGGUUUAUAAGUAUUUCCCUAUCAAAUGAAUCCUCGCUAUCAACGAAGGGCCCACACUGUCGCAUAUAUCUAGCUCAACAACUAGCGAGCUGACUGCAAAGUAGAGCCACACCACCUGUGCAAAGCUGCUAGCUGGCUACCAGCUAAGUGAACAGCACGACAUUAUCACAUCCUAGUUCACAACUGCUUCAAUUACCGCAUGCACAACAAUUCACAAAACCGUCACCAUGCUUCCUCGCUACUAGUGUGCAAUUUUAACCAGUUAUGGAAAAUGUGAGCUCGGGGGAAGGCCUGUCGCAACACUGGAGCAGGCAGAGGACGAUGCCAGAGAGGGGAAGACACCACCAGAGGAGUGAUGAGUAUGCAGAGUACAAGAGCAGGGACAGGGACUAUUCACACAAUGCAGACCACUCCAUGUAUGACAGCAGAGAUCGCAACCAAAAGCCCAGAGACAUGGACGAGAGAGGCUCUGCUGGUGACAGGAGGGCCAAAGAAAGGAGACAGAGGGACAUGACAACCGCCUCUCAUGAGGGGCCACCUGCUUACAGAGGCCACGAUCAUCAAGGACCCUCGAGACUGUCCAGAGAGAUGUCAGUGUAUCACUCUGAAGAGGAAUAUAACGAGCGACAACACAAACAAGCCCUUUACAAUCUCAGAUAUAUCCUAACCGGUAGAGGUCUUUGCCAGCUUAUGGAGGUAUUUGUGAAUCUCCUCAUCAUCAUCUGUGCCGGAGUGCCAUACAGCAACAACGGGGGUUACCGUGACCUGGCCAGCCUCGGUGGAAUCUACUAUUAUCAUUUCGGUGGAGCCAAUGCCUUCACUGGAGCCGAUGCAGAAAGGGUGAAGGAGCUGGAUCUGUUGUUCCAUCAGCUCAAGCGACCUCCGUACGUCUUCACCAUGGCCUGCGGAGGGGUUUUGAUGAUCUACGCCUGUGCCAUGUUGGCCCUGGGGAUUUUCAGAGUCCCUUUCCGCUGGCCCCCUGUGCUGCUCGGGGAGGCUCUGCUGAAUUUCCUGAUUGGCCUUGGCUACAUCCCCGCACUGGCCUUCUACUUUAUUAAACUGCGGGAAACCUACAACAAUCCCAUCUGUCAGGAGAGAGAGAAGCUCUACAAGAGCAAAGGGCACAAGGGCUUUGAGUGCCAGUUUCACGGCGCUGAUAUCGCAGGAGGUCUCUUUGGGGUGCUGGGUGUGUUUGUUUUCAUCUUUGGCGCAGUGUUAGCUGUCAGAGCUUUCAGGUCAGUGCGGGAGCUGAAGAAGCAGAGGAGAAACGAGGACAAUCAUUUUUAAGCGCCAUUUACUCCUUGACAUAUUUGAACACGUUUGUUCACUGAGCAACAAGAACACAUGGAAGGUUUUUUUUGUCUUAUCAAGUGUAACUGUGUGUAAUCAUUCUGGUUGAAUGUGAAUCAGCUUUUUUAUCCACUAGCUAUGCUCUGAUGAAGUUUUUAUACGUUUUUUAAUUGGAUUUUGUAGCAUACUUUUUUUUUAUUCUCACACUUUUCCAGUUUACAUACCUCUGUAUAGUGUCUGUUACAUUUUCUAUAAAUGUA